CCUGCCUGUGAUCGACAAAUCUGGAGAAACUUUGUUGCCUUCACUCCCACUGGACGAGGCCCUUUACGUUGCUGUGCCUCGCUUUGUUCUUGUACAUACUUUGGACCAGUUUGUCUUGUUACCACUUACCCACUCCUAACCCAACAACGCCACAAGAGUUUGUAAUCUUAGUCUACUACGACACCACUCUCACUAACACAAUGCCACCUCCAGUGGAUGAAGAAAUCGACCUCUACGAGGUCCUCGAGAUCGAAAAGGGCGCGAGCAAGAUUGAGAUCAAAAAGGCAUACCACAAGGCUGCGCUAGCACAUCACCCCGACAAGGUCGCAGAAGAUGACCGCGCAGAGGCCGAGACUCGCUUCAAGGCCGCGAAGCAAGCGUACGAAAUACUCUCCGACGAUGACAAGCGACACAUGUACGAUACCCACGGCAUGGCUGCCUUCGACCCGUCCCGAGGCGGUAUGGGCGGCGAAGGCCCGGACAUCGACGACAUCUUUGCGCAAAUGUUCGGCGGAAUGGGCGGAUUUGGCGGAAUGCCUGGAAUGGGCGGCAUGGGAGGCAUGCCCGGUGGAAGAAACGUACCACGGAAAGGACGAUCGGUAGAGCAGGAGUAUGAGGUCAGCCUGGAAGAGUUGUACAAGGGCAAGACGACCAAGUUCUCUAGCACAAAGAACAUCAUCUGCAACAUGUGCAAGGGCAGCGGAGGAAAGCAGGGCGCUAAGAGCAACUCUUGUGCUGUCUGUAACGGACGCGGUGCCAAGCAAGUCCUCCGCCAGGUCGGCCCCGGCCUCGUCACGCAAGAGACCGUUCCGUGCGGCAACUGUUCAGGUUCUGGACAGGUCAUUCCCGAGAAGCAUCGCUGUAAGAAGUGCAAGGGAAAGAAGGUCGUGGAAACCCGGAACGUCCUCGAACUUUACAUUCCCCGCGGUGCGCGACAAGGCGAGCGCAUAGUGCUCGCAGGAGAAGCGGACCAAGUACCCGACCAGGAGCCGGGCGACAUCAUCUUCACGCUCACAGAGACGCCACACGAUGUCUUCGAGCGCGCAGGCGCAGAUCUAAGGGCUGAGCUGAAGGUCAGCUUGGUGGAAGCUCUUACAGGCUUCAACCGAGUGGUCAUCACUCAUCUCGACGGGCGAGGCCUCAAGCUCAACGUACAACAACCAGACGGAAACGUCCUGAGACCAGGACAGAUCCUCAAGAUCGAAGGCGAGGGUAUGCCUAUCAAGCGUAGCGACGCUCGUGGCGAUCUCUACCUGGUAGUCGACGUCGAAUUUCCCGAGGACGGAUGGCUGAAGAACGAUGCUGCGGUACAGAAGCUACGGGACGCACUACCAAAGAACGAGAAGACGGACGAAAAGCACGAAGAAGUGGAAGAGGUAGAUGUCGAAUGGGACGCCGACAUGGAAGACUACGGCGCUGGCAGCGGAGACCCACGCGCAGGUGGCGCUGAAUGGGAAGACGAUGAGGAGGAGGCGGAAGGACCUCAGUGUGCGACGCAGUAGAGAGUCGCAUGAUAUGAUUGACGAAUGCAUGUCUUGGCGUUGGGAGGGCGACGUUCAUUCCGUAUUUAUACACGCGCGGAGCAGUCGCAGUUCUAGACCGGCUUGUAUGGCUUCUAGGGCUUAUUCAUUCUUCUACAGCAUGCGAAAAGCGGCGCCUGCAGCUUCCCCUGGGCUCCUUCAAAGUCCGGCGCUAAAGUGAACGAUUAGUCCCGAAAGAGCUGUAGAUGGAAGGAGCGAAGCGUCCUCGCCUAGACCUCGGACCUGUGACCUGUUGAGCGGGUUGCCAGGUUCGUAAUACGAUUUGGAUCUCAAGACGCUUUGUAACGUCACGAACUGUUUCCAGACAAAGUGUGAGUUGCGUGUAUGACUUCUUACAGGAUUAGCACAAAACUUACACAUUUCACACUCCAGUCGGUCAAAUCGAAACCAGUAG